GGUGGUGGUGGUGGUUGUGUAUUGAUUGAUUGUUGGGGUGAGGUGGGGAGAAGCUUUACCCUGCCAUUUGGUGGGUCCUGAUUGGGCUCUCAGGGGGGGAAGUUUCCGGCUCUCCCGCCCUGUUUAUCGGCCGGCCCCUUCCAGCUGGUGCAUAUCAUAACUGGUGGGAGGAUCCCGUGCGGGAACUUUGUCAGCGAACAAUGAAUGAUGCCGUACCACUCGAGCAGUCGAGUAUCGGUAGUACCGUAGAGCAUCGGUAUCGUGGACAGAGUCCAUAGUCCGUUUCCGAUCGGGCCAUUUUUUGACCCCAUCUAACAUGGUGAGGCAUAGAUUUAUUGUUCAUGCACGAUAGGGUAUUUGUCGUGUCGAUCCUUCCUCAUAAUACGGUACCGUAUUAUGAUAUCAUAGUACUUUUUAUUCCCCCCAUUGCUUUUGUACCCAUUCUCGUGCAACAAAAAGAUAAACAAAGAUAACGAACGAGAGGGAGACACUCCUUUCGACACCGAUGGGACUCGAACCCACAGUCUUUGCCACCGGAAAGCAAUGCGUUAGCCAUUACGCCACGGUGCCGGAGUGGGGAGGUUGAUCUGGGUGCAAUUGUCAUUGAACUGGGGGAAGGUGAUGCUUUGUGUUUGGGUCUCGCGGCUUGCCUUUCGGUAUCAUAUAUCCUACCGGGAGUCUGUUCGGGGGUACUCGAGUACUUGGGCUUGUUUCAUCCGCGUGGGGGAUAUUGGUUUGGAUUCUUUUGCUUCAUUGAGGGCGUGGAGUGUGGCUUUGGUGGGUUUAUUUGGCCGCUCGGGGGGUUUUGCCGUUGAUCCUUGCGGUAGAGAUUUGCGGUUAGGAUACUCGUGCCUGUAGACUAGCAGACUACUCGAGUAGUUCCUUCGGGAUCAUCACUACCAUCUGACUGACUGUUUGGAGCCGGGCUUCUUAAUGGAAUACGGUACCGGUAAUUGGACACCACACUUCUCGCACCUGGCCCCGUGCGCUCGACCACUCUUCGUUACCGGUAGCGAUUCGGGGCAAGACAUCCUUUUUGCCCGCAGCGUCCCGAAGAGCGGGAGAGGAGGGAGAUCCGAGGCUUCCUUCGCUAUAAUUCAGUGCGUCCACAGUUUUGCAUGAAAAUCAAACCGGCAUGAUACCUGUAUCGCAACCGGAUGUUAUGAUCUUCAGUGGAAUUUGGAAAGCUGCGGUUGAUAGGUUCAAGUUGAGACCCUUCAGCGCUUCAACCCCACUAACAAACAUGUCGCGCCCCCCGAUUACUACCGUAAGCUGAAUACAACCCUUCUCUUCCCCCAUCCCACCCUCUCUGUUGGCCCACUCAUCCCCUAUCAAAACCUCGUCUGGGGACCGGUAGCAGCCAGAGAGCGUGAGAAAUGAGCGAUCGUGAAGUCUUGGAUGACAUUUCCCACCGUCGCUUUAAUCCUCUACGUGGAUCAUGGAUUCUCGUUUCACCGCAUCGCGCGAAGCGACCAUGGCAGUAAGAAUUGAGAUUCCUGUGCUGUUUUUAUGGGGAUGGAGGGGCUAAUAGGGUUAUAGGGGUCAGGAGGAAACCCCCUCUAAAAUGUCGCUUCCGGCUUUCGAUUCUUCGUGUUAUUUGUGUCCUGGAAACACCCGGGCAGCAGGCGGCACCACACCGGCAUACUCGGGGACAUUCGUUUUCGUUAACGACUACAGCGCUGUGAAGGAAGAUCAGCCCGACUAUGUUCAACCAAGAUCCGGGGGUAGGUCCAUCUUGCAGGUUGGACGCAGGGGCUUACCACGGGGGUUAUUCCGACAGACAAGUCCUCACUCCUCCUACAAGUCGCCGGUGUUCGAGGUAAAUGCUACGUGAUAUGCUUCAGCCCAUCCCACAACCUCACCUUGGCAGACAUGCCAGCCGAGAUGAUAGCCCCAAUCAUCAAAACCUGGACGGCACUUUACACAUCCCACCUCCCCAAAUCAUCCCCAUACUACCGGGCGCCAGCGGCAGAGCUCGGGAUUACGGCCCCCAGAGACCAGUAUACCUACAUGCAAAUAUUCGAGAACAAAGGUGCUGCUAUGGGCUGCUCGAAUCCCCAUCCCCAUGGUCAGGUCUGGACCACCACUAGCGUCCCCGAGGAACCCAGUUUGGAGAUUCGGAACAUGAAGGAGUACAAGCGCAAACAUGGGACUGGGUUAUUGAAGGACUAUGUGGAUCUUGAGAUUGCAAAGAUGGAGAGGGUCGUGGCGCUUAAUGACUAUUUUGCGGCUCUGUGCCCUUGGUGGGCUGUAUGGCCGUUCGAGACUAUGAUCGUUUGCAGAAGAGAGGUGCGUAGCCUUCCGGAGUUGACGGAGGAGGAGCGAGCUGGGCUCGCAGGAAUUAUUUCUAUCGUCACGAAGAAGUACGACAAUUUGUUUGAGACAAACUUCCCUUAUAGUGAGUAGAAUAAGCUAGAAGCUGCUGGCCUGGCCAACUAAUCGUGCUACGAAAGGUAUGGGGAUACAUCAGGCGCCACUUGACGGUGACCCAGAGGACUGCGAGGCAUGUCACCUGCAUCUACACUUUGUCCCCCCACUGCUCCGUAGCGCUACAGUGAAGAAGUUCCUCGUCGGGUAAGAGUUCCCCGCCUCUUUAUAACCUCGCCGCCCACUAAGAAAGUUAUAGAUACGAGCUCAUGGCCGAGCCGCAGCGUGAUAUCACGCCGGAACAAGCAGCAGAGAGGCUGCGGAAUCUCAGGGGCGAUGAGGUUUAUAGGGGAAACUGAUGUAUAAUACUGAAGCAUGAACUCUUAAUAGGAGACCUGACUACUCUUUUAUUUCCGGAUUUUAGGGGGCGUUUCUUUUUGUGUUGUUGGCCAGUGGGCUUUUUUUGGCAUCGCGCCAGGAGUCACUAGCAUUCGAGGUCUACGUUCAUAGACACCGGAUGCGGUGCGUGAUAAUCGUACUGUUUUUUUUCUUUCACUUCUGAAUAUAGUGAGGUGCGGAUUUACAGCGUUUCACCGCUCGACUGAGCAGAAU